AUGACUUUCUUAUCCAGUCUUCUAUUCUUCAGUAUUGUACUAUUGGCGAUCUUUUCAACGGUUUUCGGACUUGAAGAGGUUCUUGCAUUCCAGGAAAAUAGGCAAGAAACCAGGCCUUUCGGGGUGUACUCGGCGCUUAAGUACACGGUACUGGAUGGCUUUUUCAGACAGAGCGAUGAUGGUACCGACGAUCGUACCUACGACCCUCUUACGGAUUCUUUCGGACUUCAGUAUUCUGGACCCCGACGCUGGGAGAGAUUUGUUGAGCAUAUCUCUUUCUUGAAUGAAAAUGCCCCCGUGGAUGUCAGCUACAAAGUUUUAUACCUGGCAAGACAUGGCCAAGGGCAUCAUAACGUUGCGGAACACCAUUUUGGAAAUGAGGCUUGGGAAUGUUAUUGGGCCAUGAAAGGGAAUAAUGGAACCUACCACUGGGGACCUGACGCCCGCCUGACUGAAAAAGGAAUAUCUGAGGUACAUCGUACCCGAGAUGCCUGGAAGUCCCAAAUCCCCUUUGGUGUCCCCCUCCCUCAAAUCCACUUCGUCUCUCCUCUCUCGCGUUCCCUCUCGACUCUUGUCGAGACAUGGAAAACGAUUGCACUCGACCCUCCUCGACCUCUUGUCAAUGAACUUCUUCGGGAAACCCUUUCCCUACAUUAUGGGGACCACCGCUCACCAGCAUCCGAGCUACGUGAGCGUUACCCAGAAGUAUAUUUCCCCAUGGAUGGCUCCUUCCCGGAGGAAGACCCACUGUGGAAUUAUCACCGUGAGUCUCUACAGGGCCGUAACGGCCGGAUAAAAUAUGCCAUGGACAACAUGAUCGCCGCUUCCAAUGAAACCUACAUCUCAAUGACUUCUCAUUCUGGGGUCAUCAACUCGACUCUUGUAGCUCUCGGACAUCGUCCAUAUAACCUUCAGACGGCGGGCAUGAUUCCUGUCGUCGUAAAAGUGGAGCGAGACCGAGGGGGUCUACAGAAGUGGUUUCAGCCGAAUAACCCUUCGCUCAAAAAUGUCGACGAUAGCCCAAGGGUGGAGGAGAGAGUGAUUUGCGAUGGUUACCCACCUGUCAACGUAUCGGGAUUGUACGAGAGCGGAAUGGGAGUUUGGCCGUGGUCAUAG